UAAAUUUCAGGCGUUUCAUGAAAACUUCCCCCUUGGAGAGAAGUUGGACGAUGAAUCAUGUCAUACUAUAGUACAUCCUAUAGCAGUAGUUACUUGGGAAGUGGUAGUCAUUCGCGAACCGGAACGAGUGGCUACGCCCGACCACUUCCCAGUCGCCCUAUCUCUAGCGAUAGAAAUUUCUCGUCCACUCGGAGUUCGUCGCUGCAUAACAUGCAUGGCAUCAACACGAGCUUUCAACGAGUAUCUCUGGAGCAAACGAGAGUGAAGGACAAGGGUACGACGGGUCUGGACAACCUGGGGAAUACUUGCUUCAUGAACUCAAUUCUUCAAUGUCUGAUUCAUACCCAAGCUCUGAGGCAGAAAUGCAUACCUGAACCGUCUAAUAGUAUCGUAAAUUCAUCCAGUCAAAUGAAGGGAAAGUUGUUCAAGGCCUUCUGCAAGUUGGUGAACAAAUGUUGGAACAACGAGUCAUCAGAAACAUACACAGCCCUUCGAGAUUUCAAAAGCCAAAUGACGAAAUAUGCUCCACUUUUCGCAGGGAGCAGCCAACAUGACGCGCAGGAACUGCUUGUCUACUUACUGGAGGGCAUCCAUGAAGACGUCAAUGAAGUAUCCAAAAAGCCUUACUAUAAAGAUGAUAUCCCCGACGAAUACAGCCCCUCGCAGAAGGCGAAGGAGUCGUGGACGAGGUAUCUCUCUCGGGAGAAGAGCUUUGUCAUCGACCUGUUCGUGGGCCAGCUGAAGAGCACCUUGACAUGCCAAGUGUGUGGCUAUGAGUCACUCACAUACGACCCCUACUUCGACCUAUCCUUGCCAAUACCUAAAAAGAACUAUUUCAACUGUAGUUUAGACGACUGCUUGAGGGAAUACACCUCCGAAGAAACUCUAGAUGGCUAUGACAAACCGCGCUGUGCUAAAUGCAAGAAGCCGCAGCGAUGCACAAAGCAGUUCACCAUCGAGAGGUUUCCCAAGAUUCUAGUAAUCCACCUGAAGAGGUUCUCCAUGCGCAACAGGUUCUCCAAGCUAGACACCAAAGUCGCCUUCCCAGUUACAGGGCUGUGUCUAGAAGAAUUCGCCAGUACAGAACAAAAACAUAACCGUACUGCUAGCGACUGCAUUUACAACCUGUUCGCAGUGGCCAAUCAUAGUGGUACUGCCUAUUCCGGACACUACACGGCCUACUGCAAGUCAGAAACGAGGAAGCAUUGGAGCAGUUUCAACGACAGACUGGUAUCGGAGUUACAUGAGAGCCGCCUUGUGUCAUCUAGUGCCUACGUUCUCUUCUACGAGCUAGCAUCAUCCUCAAGUAGAGAGUGAACAAAUUCCCCACUUGAAUCUGAAUCCACCCCGCCUUAACCCUAAAAAGAAGAACCAAUCAAAGAGAAGAAACCAAGCGCAGCCUACUCAUACUUAAGCUAAAUCAUCUUGUGCUAUUUCAGGCUAGAUAGAAAUAACAAUAUUAAUUGAUCCGCUCUGUUUAGUUAGUGAGCUCUGCCGACGGCUUAAAAUCAGAAUGAGUCCAAAUUUCUCUUCGCCGCUGUUCAUGCUUGCUGUUUGUCAUUUUUUGCUACCUUUUGACGCUUCCGCAAUUACAUUGCCUGCCGAGAAAGGCAGCCCAAAACAGUUACUUAUCAUUCGUGUAAUAGAUCCCAAAGUCGCUAUACUAGAUCAGGAAAUUGGAUGUUGGCGGUCCUAUAACCUGAGUUUGUCUCCUAUAUAUUCAUUCAAUGUCUGAUUUAGUCCAACUUUGCCCAAUUCAAAUUUUAAUAGUAACAAAAAUAGCUGAAAUGAUGUGAAAAUGGUAUUAGAAAUCAAUUUUAUUAGAAACCAAUUGCAUUCAAACCCUCAAUAAGGUUACUUCGAGGAAGUCAAAAUUGGGCGGAAACGCUCCACGCCAUAGUUCCUUGCUACUCUACGAAAGUGGUAAUAACAAAAGUGCAAAUUCAGUCAAGUGAAUUAUGUGGAACAUUUUCCCGGAUUAUUUGUGAACGCCAAUAUCUUUUAUGAUAUGUUCGUAUGAAAUAUCUGACCAAGUUCAAAGUUUGUACAUAGAUACUGAAAGUUCUAAAUCGUUCUUUUUAUUCUUGUUUAUUAAAACUAACCCUGUUUUGCUCUUCAAUUGAAAUCUUAGCUUGUUUAAAUUCAUGUUUUAUAGUGUAAAUUAAUUUCAUUUUUAAGUUAGAUGAUUUAUGAAUGUUUAAUUGAAAUGAAGUGUACUUA